AUGAGUUCUUUAAAUUCAUCAGUUAAGAAAUAAAUAGGGAAUUCUAAAACCUCUAAAAAGCUUCCAAAAAUAAAUAAUUCAUUAGCAAGUUUAAAAUCCCUCUCUCAACUUUGGAUUGCGUCUUAAGAUGUGUCAAAUGUAAUUCCAAAUAAUUUAAAUGAAUCAAUAAAUAUCUAGACCAACAAGGCAUUGAAAUAAGACUCAGGAUUUGAUAAUUUUAUAUUUCAAGACAAUUUUACUAAAAAAAAAAUAACUUACGCUGACCUAAAAAGUGAAGCAAGCUAGAGGCUAGCCUAAUCUUCUAACAACAUAACUAAGAGCAUUAAUUCUUUAAAUGAAGGAGCUAAUUUGCAUUCUUUUCAUCUCAAUAACAUAAGCUAAAAUUUAAGUAAUAUUAAUGAAAGUAUGCAGUAGUAGAAUGCUUCAAAUGUAAGUAAAUUGAAUUUGAGUGCAAUAAAUCCUAAAGUAAAUAGCUAGAUUAUAGAUUUUUAAAGGGAAAUGAAAAACUCUAUAAAAUAAUUCACUGACUAUGCUAUCAUUUUAAAAUCAUCAGAACAAUAAGUGAAAACUUUAGUAAAGCAACAAUUACAGAAAUAUGAAAAUGAAGUUAAUUCUAGAUAGCCAAAUUUUAAUUCUAAAAGACUAGAUUAUAUUGAUGCAUAAAAAGAUAUUUUAAGAAUUGAAAAAAACUCUUUGCAUUCACUUCUCAAUGAUGAAAAUUUCAAAUUCAAUCCUAAAUUACAUAAAAUGAAUUUUGUCACUCUCUGUUAAAUGAGUCCAGAAGAUAGGGCGAAAAUAGAAGAGUAUUUUAAAGAGAGUUUAAGAUAAGAACCUUUGUAGCAAUAAAAUAAUGCAAAUUAAGAUUAAAAUACUAAAUAUUAAAGUUAUACUGACCUGGUGAUUCCACAUAACAAUGAUGAUGAUAAUUAGCUGGAAGAAAAAUAGGUUCCCAGUUAAAAGGAAAAAAAGAAAAAAUUUAAUUUUAAUGAGGCUUUUGAUCCAUUCAAACCUAAAAAAAUUCUUAAAAAUUAUGGGAAAAAAAAAAAGAUCUUCGAUUUAUUUUAAGAGCAAAACCAUGAACUUACUUUAGCAGAUAAAGUUGAUUUGAUAAAAGAAAAUCUUAAAGAAAAUGUAAUCCUAAAGCUAAAAUAAUAAUAUAGCAUUAAAAAUAGCCAUCUUAUAGUACCACCUCUAGAAUAUUUAUCAUUUAAAGAUUUAGACGUAGAUAGAAAUAUUAUUAUUUUAAAGUACUUAAACGAAGAGAAAGCUAAGUUAGCAAAAGAGUUAUAAGAAAAUUAAGAAAUAAAAGAAAAAAUUGAAACUCAAUAAUCAGAAAAACUCCCUCCAAUUAAAAACCAAUAAUAAGCUUAUAUUUCUACAGACAAGCUGCCUCAAAUUUAAAAGACAGAUAAAAUAAAUAAAAUAUAAUCACAUAAAUUAAUUUAAUCCUAAUCUCACUUAGACGAAGAAGAAGAAACUCAAGCUAUAUAAUUACAAGAAUUACCAGAAAAAGAAAUAUUAAAACCCUUCUAUGAAAUGACUCAUAAUAAAACUGAUGACCAAAUUAUGCAAGAGUAAAAAAAGCAGCUAGAAGAACUUAAGCAAAGAUUUAAAAGUAAAUAAAUAACUGAAGAAGAGGAAUUAUUUUGUAGAAGACUUGCAGAAAAUGAUUUAAUAGAAAUAGAAUUCUUGCUAGAUAGGAACCCAGAUUUAAUUAAUACUAUUGAUAAGGAAGGUGAUACAGUUCUUCAUAUGGCAAGUAGAAAAUGUAAUUUAAAAGUUAUAAAAUACCUCCUUUCAAAAGGAGCAAAUCUACAUGCCCUUAACUCAAAUAAGAAAACUCCGAUUGAGAUUUGCAGAUUAAUUAAAAGGAAUAAAUUAGAAUAUGUAAGUUCUUUCAUAUUGAAUUCUAUGCAUUAAUUAUAAUUUGUUAAAAGUUCUUCGAAAACUAUCUUGAAGAAAUAGAACUAUAAAAUAAAUGGAGGAGCUCUAAACAAUUACUUGAAAAAAAUGGCAGUAUGGUCUUGCCAUAAAAGCAGUGAAAAAAUAAUUACUUAAUAAAUUAACAAAAUCAAUAUAAAUAAAUAAAUAAUUUAAGGUUCUAAUUCCUUUAUCAAUUAAUAUCUAUUAAAUAAAUAAAUAAAUUAAUUAAUUGAUCAUUUUCCUCUUUCAAUUAAAAAGAAAUGA